CGCAGCAUGGCGAUCAGUGGUGAGCUGUGUCCCUCGGACACAGCGGAUCACCAAUCACCGGAAAGAGCCGAAGAUUGUCUAUCAAUGCCACCUGCCAGUGCCCAUCAGUACCACAUCAAUGCCACACAUCAGUGCCUACCAGUGCACAUCAGUGCCACAUAUCAGUGCCCAUCUGAGCUGCCUUUCAGUGUCACCUAUCAAUGCCAGUCAGUACCACCUAUCAGUGCUGCCAAUCAGUGCCAGUCAGUGCUGCUUAUCAGUGCCAGUCAGUGCCACCUAUCAGUGCACAUCAGUGCCGCCUAUCAGUGCCGCCUAACAGUGCCAGUCAGUGCGGUCUAUCAGUGCCACCUAUCAGUGCCAUAUAUGAGUGCUGCCUUUCAAUGCCCAUCAGAGAUGCCUGUCAAUGCCCAUCAA